AUGGGGAACGCUAUUCUUAAAUACCUCGAGGUACCUCAUGAGGGAGCAAACAUCCCCAGCCGAUGGAUCAACGAUGACAUUAAGCCUGUCGAAGCAGAGAGGAAACACUCUGACGAACAAGGUGUUCUGGCCAGCUCCAACAUCUCAGUCUACAUGAUAGGCAGUUCGUUGAUUGCGAUGGGAUUAACUUGGCGUCAGUCGCUGGCUGCAAUCGUCGUUGGCAAUAUAAUUGCAGUCGGGCUACUUGUGAUAAACUCAUUACCGGGAAUGUUCUACCAUAUCGGGUUUCCUUUGGUUAAUAGGUAUGUCUGGGGCCUAUACGGCAGUCUAUUUGUUCUGUGGAACCGGAUUUUGCUCUCCAUCGUUUGGUAUGCGGUUCAAGCAUGGAUUGGCGGUGAAUGCAUCUACGUCUCUCUGCGCGCAAUCUGGCCAUCUCUCGAAAGCCGAAUUCCAAAUCAGAUGCCUCAGUCCACCGGAAUGACCACGGCACAGUUUGUAGCGUACGUUAUCUUCAUGGUACUCUCCCUGCCAGUGCUGCAUAUCCGUCCCCACAAACUGCAGAGAUUCUUCUACAUCUCGGCAGCCACGAUCCUAGUAUUUGAGAUCGUUAUCCUCAUCUGGGCACUGGUCAGCAUGGGCAACAGCGGGUUUGGCAGUACGAUCUCAGAGCCCAGAGCUGGUGGCUCGGGAUGGAAGAUUGCCUUUGGCAUCGUGAGUACUAUAGGCGGCGCAGCUGCUGGAAUCCUCAAUCAGAAUGAUUAUACACGGUUUGCGCGAACACCUCGUGAGGCAAUCCUCGGACAACUCGUCAGCUUUCCGUUUUAUAGCAUCCUAUGUGCGACCGUCGGUAUUCUGGUCACGGCAGCGACGCAGAAUCGCUAUGGCAAGCCGCUGUGGAAUUUGCCCACCCUGCUCGGCGCCAUCAUGGACAAUGGGGGUUCCCGCUCCAGAGUAGCAGUCUUCUUUGGGGGAGCUGCGUUGAGUGUGUCGCAGAUGGGGUUGAAUGUGCCAGCGAACGCACUAGCGGGAGGGUUUGACAUGGCGGCUACAUUUCCGCGAUAUAUAAACCUUCGUCGCGGCGCCUAUAUCACGGUCCUGGUAUCGAUCGCAUGCAACCCGUGGAAGCUGGUCAACACGGCUACCAUAUUCUUAGCCGUGCUCAGUAGUUACUCGAUCUUUCUGGGACCCAUGGUAGGCUCAAUGAUAGCGUCUUAUUUCGCUGUGAUGCGGCGCAAGAUCAAGGUAGAGGACUUGUUUCCUUGCCACGAGGACAAUAGAGGUAUCUACUGGUACACAUACGGGGUGAAUUGGCGGGCUCCAGUGGCGUGGCUUUGUGGAAUGGUUCCUUCACUCCCUGGGUUUGUGGCCCAUGUCGAUCCUACCGUGGCCAUUCCCGUGGGGUUGUCGCGGAUUUACUACAUUUGCUUCCUCACGGGCACGGCAAUUAGUGCCGCGGUCUUCACGGCAUUGCACUAUGUCUUUCCGGCACCUGUCGUGAAUCAUUUCGUCGAGAAAGCGCCGUCGCCGGGACUGUUGAUGCCGGAAUAUCGAUUGCGGUGGGACCGUGGGGAGGAUUCGGUGUAUGAGAUUGUAGACUAA